AUGGCAACGGUGAGGGAGAUCGUAGAGGAAGACGACCGAAUUUGGAGAGAGCGAGAAAGUGACCGCGAAGUGGAAGAUCGAAAUCGACCUAAUGAGAGCGAGAUCGCGAUCAUCGGAACCACCAAUAAUAUGCCAAGAAUUCCGAUUCGAAUCCAGCGCAUGAUUGACAGAAUGAGGCUUGGUUUAGAGUUUUACGAUCCAAUCAUCCUCGACUUUGUGGACCUUACGGAUAAAGAUUUAAUUUGGGAUCCGAAUUCGUAUUCCGAUUGGAAUGAAGAAAGAUUUCAAAACUAUUUUCAUCCAAAGCCUGUUACUACUGUUACAAUUCCACCAGAAAUUCCGGAAGGAACUAGCAAACUGUUUAUCAUGAUCAUGGAUUGGAGUCGUGCCAAAGACUUGUUGUUGGUUUUGAAUCCGUUUCUGCCGGAACAUGGACUCAUUUUGUCUGUGGCUUUCUAUCCAAAAGAUCCCGUCCGCAAGGGUUAUCAUGCAGUUGCUGAAUGUGAUUCAAGUGCUACUGCAAGUUACUUGUUGAACAAAUCUCGCCAUGGAAUUGAGGCUGAGUUUGAGAGACGCUCAAACAAGCUCCUCGACUUUAAGUUUGUUCCGGAUGAUAUGGAGUUCAAGAAACCUCCUCGUGACGUUGCAACAAACGAAACUGAUCCGGAUCCGAGAUCCUCAGCUCUGGUCCAAGGAGUGCGAGCUAUGAAUAUCAAUCAGCUCUAUAGCAAAACGAAGAUCCUAUACAGAAGACCCGUUGAACAACUCAGAAUGCUGAGGAUUCAGAGAAUGAGAAUGGGUUUAGACCCUUUCCAUCCAAAUUUGCGCAAGUUGAUGGAGAUUCCGAAUCAAGAAUCAUCAUCGGAUUCGGAUGGUGGAAAAAAUCAAGAGUUUUGCUAUAAUCGAAAUCCAAUUUCAGCUCCGCGCAAGAUUGAGAUUAUGGAUGAAGAUUCUUCUUCUGAAGAGGAUGAAGAUUCUUCUGAUGAGUCUAUUAAUGGACCAGAAAUUCCGGAAGAAACUAGCAAACUGUUUAUCACUAUCAGCCUAUCAGGGAUUGGAGUCGUGCCUCGGGGUUAUCAUGCAGUUGCUAAAUGUGAUUCAAGUGCUACUGCAGAUUACUUGUUGAACAAGUCUCGUCAUGGAAUUGAGGCUGAGUUUGAGAGACGCUCAAACAAGCUCCUCGACUUUAUGUUUACUCCGGAUGAUUUGGAAUUCAUUCAAUCUCCUUGUGAUGUUGCAACACACGAACCUGAUCCUCUGGUGCAAGGAGUGCAACGUAUGCAAAUCAAUCAGAGCUCUGAAGCAAAAGGAAGAGAUCCUAAACAAGACUUGUUGAACACUUAG